CGGCUCAGGCAAGCCUCGCGGUGUGUAGAAUUUGAAAGAACAUGCCGUCUUCCACUGCGGUUGAGGCAAGCUUCCCAGCUGAGCCUAUGUUGGCCCCAGAUCAAGAAAGCGGCGAGGCAGAGGCCAAGAGGGACGAGAAGCAGAAGAAGGAGCGGAAGGAGAAGAAGGAGAAGAAGGAGGAGAAGGAGAAGAUGGAGAAGAUGGAGAAGAUGGAUCCGACAGUCACCCUGCACAUCUACCACUUGCCCUCCGGGUGGAAGUACCUGAACCAGGCCAUGGAGUUUUGGGGAUGUGGUGCCUUCCAUCUUGGCGUGGAGGUCUACGGGAAGGAGUAUAGCUUCCAGGCUUCGCAACACGAGUUUGUGGACGGCAUACAGCCCUGCAAGCCAAAGAUGUGCCGAGGUUACAUCUUCGAGCGCAGCUUGCAAUUGGGGCCGACAAUGCUGGAGCCGAAGCAGGUCAAUGACCUGAUCAACAGGAUGCGCAAAGAGUACUCGGCGCGGGAUUACGAUUUGUAUACGCGCAACUGCUGUCACUUCAGCAAGCACUUGUGCAAGGAGUUAGGUGUCGACAGCGUUCCGCCUGAGUUCUUUGCGCUGUCGGAGGCUGCACGCAAAGCCAAAGGAGCAGUGUGUGCCAUUGACCAGAGCCGGAAAGACGUUCUGGGGGCUCUCAGCGCGUGGAUGCUGUCCCCCUUCCAGGCCUGCUGCGUGUCUCAUGCUGACGUGUCUGCUGAAUUUGAAGCAGAAACCAUUUGAGUCGGCACAAGGCCGCGGAGCAUUGGUUACUGACGUGUGUGUGUGUGU